CUACUUCAUCUUCAUCCUAAUCCCUAAACCCUAACCUCAUCAACCACCACCAGACCCUCUCCAUUCCCCUUCAAAUCCCAUGAUAGGACCUCUUCAGUAACAGAUAAACCUUCAACUCGUAUUCAAUCUCCGAAAUCGAGAGAUGUCCGGCUCUCCUAGACCACCGGCACGGUACAGAAAUUCUCAGAGAGGCAAUUCCCCUCAAGCAAGAGACAAAAUUCCCAGCAGUCAUACUAAAUCUCCCCGCCGAGACAAGUCCCGAUCUCCUUCCCCAAGAACAAAGCGGUUGAGGAAAGCUCAAGCUGAUAGAGAGGAUGUAAAGAGUUCACGUAGGGGACGAGAGACAGAUAGGGUUUCUGAUAGAGAGCGGGAGAGGAGUCGUGACAAGGGCGAUAGAGGCGGUCGGAGAGAAAGAGAAGAGGACAGUGAGAAUGUGAGGAGUAGUAGUGAUAAGAAUGGGCAGAGAAGGUUAGGAAGAGAUGCAAUUGAUGAGAAGUAUUCUAGGUCUAGAAAUGGGAGGUCUAAUUCUCCGUCGGAUAGGGAUAAUGGAGCUGAGAGAAAGGAUAGAAAGUUGGGGAGGGAUGUAGUUGAUGAGAAGUAUUCUAGGCCCAGAAAUGGGAGGUCCAAUUCUCCGUCGGAUAGGGAUAAUGGAGCUGAGAGAAAGGAUAGAAAGUUGGGGAGGGAUGUAGUUGAUGAGAAGUAUUCUAGGCCCAGAAAUGGGAGGUCGAAUUCUCCGUCGGAUAGGGAUAAUGGAGCUGAGAGGAAGGAUAGAAAGUUGGGGAGGGAUGUAGUUGAUGAGAAGUAUUCUAGGCUCAGGAAUGGGAGGUCUAAUUCUCCGUCGGAUAGGGAUAAUGGAGCUGAGAGAAAGGAUAGAAAGUUGGAAAGAGAUGCAGUUGAUGAGAAGUAUUCUAGGCCCAGAAAUGGGAGGUCAAGUUCUCCGUCGGAUCACCAUCACCGGAGUAGACAAAGAUCUCGGUCUCCGCGGCGAGAUUCUGAUAGGAGACAACGCGACGAGGAGUCUGAACUACCAAAUGAGGAUGAUGAUGCUUUGGCUAAGAUGAAAGCUGCUGAGGAGGCCUUGGAAUCAAAGCAAAAGCAGCAACAACCUUCAUUUGAGCUGUCUGGAAAACUUGCUGCUGAAACAAAUAGAUUUAAAGGUGUGACACUGCUGUUCAAUGAGCCUCCCGAAGCUAGCAAACCUGAUAAACGAUGGCGGCUUUAUGUUUUCAAGGCUUCUGAAGUGUUGAAUGAGCCCCUUUACAUACAUCGCCAAAGCUGUUACCUUUUUGGGAGGGAAAGAAGGGUUGCAGAUAUUCCUACUGACCACCCAUCUUGUAGCAAACAACAUGCGGUCAUUCAAUUCCGGCGAGUGGAAAAGAAGGAACCUGAUGGUACCUUAUUAAAGCUAGUAAGGCCUUAUAUAAUGGAUCUUGGAAGUACAAACAAAACUUUCAUUAAUGAGAACCCCAUCGAACCCCAACGUUAUUAUGAGCUUUUUGAAAGAGACACAAUUAAAUUUGGCAAUAGUAGCCGAGAAUAUGUACUACUGCACGAAAACUCCACAACCUGAUGGACAUCAAUUUGUAUCUGCAGUACGGUUUUCCAUCUUCACUGCUGAGGAGACUCGGGAAUAUUUUGCUGCAGUACUGUUGUUUUGAUAGAAUACCUUAUCAUGUUCAUUUUGCCUGGAUCACCUUUCGAUUAAGCUCCCCUAGUGCUGCAGAUAUGCAUGUGCUGUGAUAGUGUGUAUAUCUCAUUAAUGUUAUGUGCUCUCUCAUGCCGUAUCAAAGAAGCAUAUGAAUGGAUGAACUUAUUUGCUUUGGAGAUGAUAAUUCCCUUUGCUGCUGCCGCAUGUGUGCAGUUGGGGACUUUCUUACCUCGACCCUGUUUUAUUACUCUUGAGUUGUAGAGUUCACUCGUGUGAGAGUGUUUCAUUAUGAAUCGGGCCUCGCAAAGAGUUUUUGAAUGAGAAAAGGUGAUUUUACAAAGCGACAGCUAUUAAGUCCUAAUUUUAAAAUAUUUUCUGCUAGGUUUGGGAUGUAUUUAUUUAUUUUGGAUGAAAAAAAAGUUGUUUUUCAGCAUUCUGUGGCGAUAAGACCGGGAAUACAUAGUAAGUUGGUGUCUUGGUUACGAUUGGGUUAACUAUGAGGCAUGAAUGGCCUAUUUAAAACAAAGGUUUGAAUUGCUGUAUGGUACCCAAGAUCUUGUACACCGUUGGACUAAAAGGAUGGACAAUAAUUAUGUAUGCUUUUGAAUUGAAUUGUUAGAUAGUAUGUAGAAUUAUCUCCA